UGCAUGAGGGACGUUGUAGUGGUGGAUCAUCAUUUGGCAUCUGUCAUAGAAGGAAACACCAGAGUUAUGGAGUUUUUCAGAAAAGUUGAUAGAGUGCUUGCGUUGACUGGCUCCUCCGGCCUUCAUAACGAAGACCUGGUUCCUGUGCCAGUUUCAAGACGGUUGUGGGGCUUGACGGGAUACCUGGGCUACUGGGGUAUCUGCUCGCUCUGUGUUACCACAUGGUCGACUGGUUCGUCCCUGUUGUCGCUAGGCUUGAAUGGCGCCAAUGCCAUGGGCAUAGUGGUUCUUUCCCAUUUCUUCAUAUCCGUUGCUGCGAUACUGAACAGCGGAUACGGCAGCGAAUACCACGUCGGAUACUCUGUGUUCCAGAGAAUAAUCUUUGGUAUCAGAGGGUCAUGGUUCGGUAUUCUUUUGAGAGCCAUUCUUUCGGUCGUGUGGUUUGCCUCCCAGGCCUGGUUGGGUGGGCUAUGUGUUAACGUCGUCUUGUGCUCUUGGAGUAAGAGUUAUCUGGAUUGGGAGAACACAUUACCAGCGAAUGUGAAGAUGACCUCUCAGGAGCUAUGUGGAUUCAUCGUGUACCUUGCUCUGAGUUUCCCCUUUCUCAUUGUGAGACCCGAGUUCUUGGACUAUCUAUUGGCCAUUGGUUCCUUUGCCAUGUUCUUCGUUGCGAUGGGCAUAACCAUUUGGGCUGUCCAGGACAACGAUGGUGGAUAUGGAACCCUGAUGAACGCCCCUAUGGCCCUCGGCAGCUCUCAAAAGGCAUGGGCUUGGCUGAAUGGACUGAGUAUUUGGUAUUCUGCCAUGACCUCUGGGAUUGCAAACCAAUCUGACUUCUCGAGGUUCAAUAAAACCGAGUUCAUCUCACGCUUGGGAAUAUUCCUGGGCUGUAACCUAUUCGGCUUCAUAGUCCCCAUGUUGGGCAUCAUAUCUGCCAGUGCCCUGAGCGAGAAGUAUGGUGUGUUUUACUGGAUGCCAAACUCGAUAUGUAUGCUAUGGCUACAAACAAACUACUCUUCAAAAGCAAGGGCUGCUGCCUUUUUCAGUGGUGUUUCGCUCGUCACGUCUCAGCUUGCCAUCAACUGUAUAGGUAACGGUAUCAGUGGGGGCAUGGACCUUGCUGCACUUUUCCCACGUUACAUCAACAUCAGAAGAGGUGCGAUCAUUGUGUUCGUGCUGGCAUGGCCAACUCAACCUUGGCUGUUUUACAACUCAAGCUCUGUGUUUUUACAAGUCAUGUCCUCGUUCUCCGUCUUCAUCACACCGUUGAUUGCGGUGUUUGUCACUGAUUACUACGUCAUCAGAAAGAGAAUAGCCAAAAUCUCGGACUGCUACAUCUCUGAUAGCUCGAGCAUCUACUGGUUCUAUCACGGCGUGAACUUCAGGUCCAUUGUGGCAUUUCUCAUUGGAGUGGCACCUGGCUUGCCGGGGCUGAUCAACACCGUGACCCCAACUAUCCACGUGAACACUGGAAUCAAACAUUUCUACUACGGCUCGUUCGUAUUCCAAUUUGUCGUUGCUGCUGUCGCGUACUACAUCAUCAACCUCGUCUUCAAAGUAGAGGUUGGGGAAAGAGACACCGUGGACUACUACAACACGUACAACGAAGAGGAGUGUAUCAAGCGCAACAUGGAGCCUUACGUCGCAGAGAUCAUCAACGAAGGAGAUAACUCCACGGACUCCAACGUGAUCAGCUUGAGUGAGCUCCAUGUAAAGCAAAAGUCGUAGUGAAUGGUUGUCUUGUCGUCUUAGCUCUUCUGUUUGGUAUAAUACACACUGGUGGAAAUGUA